AUGUUUCAAAAAAUAAGGGAUGUGUUAUGCCUGACUCCUUUUUCAGGUGAGUCCUACAUAUGGGGAGCCUUAAGAGGUUGUGGUAUUUUUAUUCAACGAUGGAAAAUAUGGCAAGUUUUGCAGGCUAUUGAUCCUGUUAAUUGUGCAAUUAGGUGAAGCUCGCCAAUUCGGCAUCACCUGUAUAGUGUCAAGAAACCAAAUCACCUUGCAAAUAACCUUGCAAACACAGUAUUGCAUUGCUUUGUUAAUGGUACUCAAGAAUUUGGGCUCCCUUUCUGUGUUCGAGGUGACAGAGGAGUUGAAAAUGUUGAUGUGGCUAGUUUUAUAAUUCAGAACAGGUGGCUCAAUAGGGGAAGUUUAUCUGUGGUCGCAGUGUUCAUAACCAGAGAAUUGAACGUCUAUGGGCAGAAGUCAACAGAGUGGUAUCUGUCUUUUACAGAGACCUCUUUGUUUUCAUGGAAGAGGAUGGUAUUCUUGAUUCAACCAAUGAACAGGAUAUAUUUGCCCUCCAUUAUGUUUAUUUGCCAUCCAUACAGGCUUCUCUGGAUGAAUUUAUCCACCAGUGAAUUACCAUGGUUUAUGUACUAUGAGUAA